AGCUUUUCCAACAUGGCGGAGGUGCGAUUUGGUUAGCGUUGAACGAAAAUAAUAAAGGAGGGUGAGGAAAAGGGGGCGAUAGCGAUUACAGAGGGCUGGCGAAACAAGCAUCAAAGUUCUGUGCAAUGUCUAAUGUAGCUGAUAUCUGUCCACAUUUGGAUUCCAUUGGAGAAAUCACGAGAGAGGAGCUGUUGCAAAAAUCAAAGGGAACAUGCCAAUCCUGUGGAGUUGGUGGACCAAACUUGUGGGCUUGCCUUCAAAAUGGCUGCUCCUAUGUAGGAUGUGGGGAAUCAUAUGUUGACCACAGCACGUUACAUUCACAGUCUAAGAAACAUAACCUAACAGUGAAUCUAACCACAUUCCGAAUUUGGUGUUACGCCUGUGAGAAGGAAGUUUUCCUUGAACAGCGACCUGUUGUACCCAGUCCAGCUCCAUCAAGCAGAUCAACAGAACAGGACUCUGGCAUAUCACUUGGAAAUCAUCCAUUCAAAAUUGUUCCCAUUGCAGUUGCAGAUGAAGGAGAAUCCGAGUCUGAGGAUGAUGAGUUAAGACCAAGAGGGCUAACAGGAAUGAAGAACAUUGGAAACUCCUGCUACAUGAAUGCUGCACUGCAGGCUUUAUCCAACUGCCCGCCACUCACCCAGUUCUUCUUGGAAUGUGUAGGUUUGGUUCGUACAGACAAAAAGCCAGCUCUUUGUAAAAGCUAUCAGAAACUUAUUUCUGAACUUUGGCAUAAAAAACGUCCUAGCUAUGUUGUACCUACAAGUCUCGCCCAUGGCAUUAAGUUGAUUAAUCCGAUGUUCCGAGGUUAUGCACAGCAGGACACGCAGGAAUUCCUCCGGUGUUUGAUGGAUCAACUACAUGAAGAACUUAAGGAGCCCUUGAUAGAGAGAGACUGUGAUUCCUCAAGUGAUACAGAGGAAAAGCGAGAUGGCGACAGGAGUCCUUCAGAGGAUGAAUUUCUCUCCUGUGAUUCUGGUGCCAGCAGCGAUAAAGGGGAAGGGGAAAACAGAAACAAAUGUAACUCUGACAAGCAGAUUGAAACAGAGCUGCUAAUCCAGGAUGAGUGUGGAAAAGGAAUUUCCGAAAAAGAGAGGCAAAAGGACAGAAAGUUUUCAUGUGGACACCACAGGCUGGGAUUAGUGGAUGCAAUCGAUGAAGAUGCAGAUGUAGAUACAUCUUUAAAUUCAAGUGAUCCUGGAGGUGCUGGUGAUGCCAGAGCUAGUAUGGUUUCUAAUAGUCCUUGCAGAACACCAGAACCUGACAAUGAUGUGAAUAUGCGACGCACAUCACGAUCUUGCAGCCCUAUUCAUCAAGAACUUCAUUCCAAGUUGUCCAGCAGCCCACAUCGAUCAAGUCCAAUGAGGGCAAUGCCACCGUUUUCCCUCAAGAAAGCACAACUCCUGUUGUCCACCAAGAAGAAAAAGCAACCCAAGUAUCGCAGUGUAAUUUCUGAUAUCUUUGAUGGGUCGAUAUUGAGCCUGGUCCAGUGUCUCACCUGUGACAGAAUUUCGUCCACGGUGGAAACAUUUCAGGAUUUGUCUUUGCCAAUCCCUGGUAAAGAGGACCUGGCUAAACUGCAUGCAUCCAUUCACCAAACCUUGCCUGUGAAAAGUGGAACCUGUAGCGAUGCCUACACUACACAAGGAUGGGUGGCAUUCAUUAUGGAUUAUAUUAGAAGGUUUGUUGUGUCCUGUAUCCCAAGCUGGUUUUGGGGUCCUGUCGUGACAAUAGAAGAUUGUUUAGCUGCCUUUUUUGCUGCUGAUGAACUGAAAGGUGACAACAUGUACAGCUGUGAAAAAUGCAAGAAGUUAAGGAAUGGAGUCAAAUAUUGUAAAGUCCUCAAACUUCCAGAGAUCCUUUGUGUUCAUUUGAAACGCUUUCGCCAUGAAGUGAUGUAUUCCUUUAAAGUAAAUAGCCACGUGUCUUUCCCACUGGAAGGCCUUGAUCUUCGACCCUUCCUCUCAAAGGAGAGCCCUUCUCAAAUUACAACCUAUGAUCUUUUAUCAGUUAUCUGUCAUCACGGGACUGCAGGCAGUGGCCACUACAUAGCCUAUUGCCAGAAUGUAAUUAAUGGUCAGUGGUACGAAUUUGAUGACCAGUAUGUCACUGAAGUCCAUGAGACAGUUGUACAGAAUGCUGAAGCUUAUGUCCUUUUCUACAGAAAGAGUAGUGAGGAAGCAGUGCGUGAGAGACAAAAGGUCGUAGCUUUGGCCAACUUGAAGGAACCCAGCCUUCUCCAAUUCUACAUCUCCAGAGAGUGGCUAAAUAAAUUUAACACCUUUACUGAACCAGGGCCAAUCACAAACCACACCUUCCUUUGUUUACACGGAGGUAUUCCUCCAAAUAAGUACCAUUACAUUGAUGAUCUGGUAGUAAUUCUUCCCCAAAACGUUUGGGAAUAUCUCUACAAUAGGUUUGGAGGUGGUCCUUCUGUGAACCAUUUAUACAUCUGUUCCAUUUGCCAAGUAGAAAUUGAGGCACUUGCUAAAAGGAGGAAAAUGGAAGUAGACACUUUCAUAAAGCUAAACAAAGCGUUCCAGGCUGAGGAAUCCCCCUGUGUUAUAUACUGCAUUAGUAUGCAGUGGUUCCGUGAAUGGGAAGGUUUUGUUAAAGGCAAAGACAAUGAGCCUCCUGGUCCAAUAGACAAUAGCAAAAUUGCAGUCAUUAAAGGUGGCCAUGUCCAACUAAAACAAGGUGCAGAUUAUGGUCAGAUUUCUGAAGAAACGUGGAACUAUUUGUUUACUAUCUAUGGUGGUGGACCAGAAAUUGCCAUGCGGCAGAACAUUAUUCAAGCUGAUUUGGACAGCCCGCAAGGAGAGAGGAAAAUAGAAGCCGAAACUCGUGCUGUGUGAUGAUAGAGCUGGGUUAAAGUAACUAGUUGAAAGGCUAUGAUACUGAGUUGAAGGUUGUGAAAACUGCAACUUUUGCACCUGUGAUGAAUCUUUGUGAGCACUUUGUAAUUUAACUGUAGAAAUUCUCUUUUUUUAAAAAAAAGUUUUAUUUCUUUCUGAGUAAAUGUAUAGCUAAAUCAAAAGAGUGCUUGGCAUUAUACACUGUAUAGUAGACAAUGCUAUGGAAAUAUAAUGCUGUACCAACCUAAACCUAACUGUAUUUCAUUAGAGGCUACAUUAUCUAUCUAAUAUACUGUGGAUUCCGGUUAAUUGGGACACAUCGGGACCAGUACAAUUUGGCCAGUUAAGUGGCUGCCCCAGUUAGCUGAAGUUUCAUGGUAAUGGUAAAAAGGUAUAAAAAAGACGAUCUACCAUUUAACUGAGUAACAAAUUAUGUGUUUAAGUGAAAUACAGAAUAAAUUAGAAGACCAAAAAUGCUACUACAGUGCUAUAAAACUAUGUAUUAGUUCCUAGUAGUUACUGAUGGUUUGCUGUAGUGUUCUUUUGAUUGACUGACUGUAAAUGAACAAAAUCAGCUAAAACACUUAGUGCAGAUAAUGAACUGCCUUCACACAAUGCCUUUGACAAUUUCAUCCUCCAAAUCUUCAUUUUCAUUGUAACAUUCAAGAUGAUUACCGAUACCUUCAAAUGCUUUGUUGCUCCUAACUUGUUGAAGUAGUGAAGUUGUUCCAUUUUUACUUCCAGCUGUUUGUGGCAUCUCCAAGCUUGAAUUCUUGAAACCACAGUGAGCAAAACAGUUCCGAAUUGUCUUGCUGCUUAUUUCUGGCCAGCUAUCAGUGACAAAAAUGGCUGCAUUUUGAAGACAAUCCAAAACAUCCAAAAAUGUACCAGUUAGUGGGUUAAUUGGUCAUUGUAAAUUGUCCCUUGAUUAUGCUCGGUUUAAAUCGUGGGUUGCUGGGCAGUGCUGUUUGAAGGGCUGAAAGGGCCUAUUCCACACUGUAUCUCUAAAUUAAAAUGUAAAAAAACAAAUACACAUUACUGAUAUUGUAAAACUGUUUGUUCUAAGCACAGUGUGGUGUCUAAUGGGGACACAAGUGCAGACGACUGACACUAGUUAGAAAAUGUUCGGCAACAGUCUCUUGUCCAAAACUAAGCAGCAUAGUGUCUCAAAUAAAUGAAGGUAAUCCCAUCUAUUUUGUUAAUUAGUGUUUAUUCUUUAAGAGUUGCCCCAAAAUAAAUGGCUGCCAGAUUAACUGAUUGCCCAAUUAACCAGAAUCCACUGUAUAUGUAUAAAAGUUAAGUUGUUCUUUCAAGUCGGUAAGUCAUUUAUAUUUCUUAAAGAAUCUUUACAACAGACUAAUGACACAUACAACACCCUACUGAAGUGGUCUUGAGCCUGAUGUAUUAAGUGAAUUCUUCACAUGGAAGCUUUUGUGGAGAAAAUGUUUCCCAGUGGUUUUGUUGGUGACUUUACAGUGAGAAAAUGGAAAGUUGCAAUGUUGCGGCAAAAACUGACCACAAUGUAUGAACUAGCAUAGAAGACUAGUGAUCAGGCCAGCUGCAGAGAACUAUUUCUUUUCUCUUCAUUGAGAUUUUAAUGAGUUUAAUACAUGCCAAGAUCUACUGAAAAGUAGCUGUUUUUGCCUUUAUACAGAAAUAUUUGAAGUCUUUAAAUGUCAGUGAAGUGCACUGGUCACUGCUGUUGCAAAUUUUGCUUUGUUUCACUGUAAUCUAAGCAGCAGGUAUUGGAUUCUUGAAGUGAUAUUCAUUUUUGAAGUAAUAUUCCCUUCACACUAGUUUUUGACCCUUUGGUGCAUCAUUUCGUACCUUGGGAGACAGGCAACUUUUCAUGAGCUUUAUGACUGAAUGCUAGACUUUUAAGUGUUUGUGAGACAUUUAGCUUGUUCUGACUUUGUAAUUUCAGUUUGGUUUUUCUUGAAACGAACAUUGUCUAAAUGUUCUGGCCAUAAGAUCCAGAGAAGUUUAGGGCUUCUUCAAACCAGACUGUGUGUUUGCCAAAGUUUAAAGCCAUUCUUGAUGGAAAAGCAUACAGUUUAAAUUAUCUUCUGAAUUCUGCCUGAAAGAGCAAUUGGACAGAACCAUUGUUCCACAUUUUAAAUUAAUUAACAGGAGCAGCCAAGUUUAGAAUAUGUAUGGUCUCAUGAGUAGCAGUUUAGAAGGAUUUGUGGGGUUCAUGCCAGUACAGAUAUAUAAUAAAUUGCAGUAAUCUGUGCCAUUUGUGUACCAAUUGACUUAAGACUGGGAUAGCCGCCGUGGAAUUUCUUCCUAGCUUGGGAAAUUCUGGAAUUUUCUGCACCAGAAGCUGUAUAUGCACCGGCCAAGGGUUUGUUCAGUGUAAAGACAAACAGAUUUUUAAGCAGCAUGGGUAGUGAGGAAUAGGGAGAAAGAAUUGUAAUGAUUGUAAUCUGAGUAGAAGCUCUUACUGAUGUGACCUUCGUGAAUGCUGAACCAAACCCUAGAUUUGUUUCUUCUUCUCGAUGUUUCAUUGUUUGUAUUUGAAUGUGCACAUUGAAAUACCAACUUGCCUAGAACUUUAAUUGAAGUCUGCAGACAUCAAAAUAGAUGAUAAUCUUAGAAAAAUCAAAUAUUACUAUUAAUUCAUUUGUGUAAGAUCACUCAUAAUCACAUACUAAUUUCCCACUUUUCUCUGUUUCUAAUUUAGUUUGCUACAGCAAUUGGACUUAUUAUUUUAAAUAAUACAUUAUUGAAGUUCUGAAUUGCAAAAUUGUGGGAAAUUUGUGAUUUACAAUGAUAAUUCAGAAUUGAUAUAUAGUAAAUUCUCUUUUUAUACACACACCCACACACCCACCCACCCCUGAACCUAUUCAAUGCUACAUUUAAUAACUGACCAAUUAGUUAUAAGAUUUUCAUUGUUAGGUUUAUGUAAUUGUGUAUGCAUUCGAGAACUCUUAAUUGCUAUAAAUCUAGUCAUCCUUUUCAUAAAAAAUAUACCAGUAUUAGGAUUUUUACUGCUAAUUGAAGAAGAAUAAGCUCUGUAUAUUUUUUUUAUUUGAAAAGAAUGACUAGGUCUACAAACAGAAACAUAAGGGAUUCCACAGAUGCUGGGAAUACAUACAGAAUGCUAGAGGUAAAAGGCAGGAUCACCUAGUGGCCACCCAUUUCAAAUGACUUCCCAUUCACGUACUGCUAUGUCUGUCCAUGACCUCUCCAUUGCCAUGAAGAGGCCAAAAUCAGGUCGGAGGAGCAACACUUCAUAUCCCAUUUCUUCCUUCUGGGUCCCCUCCUUUCUUUUCUUUCAUGGUCCACUGUCAUCUCCUAUCAGACUCUUUCUUCAGUUCUUUAUCUUUUCUACCUACCCCCUCACAGUUUCUUACUUCAUUUCACCUUCCUCCUGGUCUUACCUAUCACUUGCCAGCUUGCACUCCUUCCCCUCCUCCCCAUCUUAUCUGAUUUUUGCUUCUGCCCCCUUCCUUUCCAGUCCUGGUAAAGGAUCUCAUUGAGAAACGUCGACUAUUUAAUCCCCUCCAAUGAUGUUGCCUGAUGAGUUCCACCAGCAUUUUGUGUGUGUGACUAGCUUUACAAAAUUGAAGUUUUGCAAUACACACUCCAUUACAUAAACCCAGCAAUGAAAAUUUUAUAAUUACAUAGUCAGUGAUCAAAUGUAGCCUUGAAUUGGUUCAGGUAUACGUGUGAGAAAAUUUAGUAUGCAUAAUUUUUAGAAUUAUCAGGUUAGUUUGCUCAAUUUCCCAUAAUUUUGCGAUUUAGUACUACGAUAAUUUAUUAUGUAAAAUUAGAGAUCCAAUAGCUUUGGCUAAGCAAAGUAAGAAACAGCAAGUUCUUGUUCUUGAACUGUAGGCAAUAUUAAAUAAAUAAAUCAAUGGUAACGUUUGAAUUUUGAGUUUAGUGAUUAGUUUUGCAUGGUGUAAACUGAUGUACAUUCUGUCUGACAAUAGAUUUGGUUUGAAGCAAACUGCACUGUUGUGUUCAGCAAAUUGCUAUUAACUUAGUUUCUCUGCAUCACGAGAAUAUAGAUAGAUGUCUACAGUCUCUCACCCAAGAGCAGGAAUUGAGUAUGAUAAUUUACAGUAUCAUUAUUUUGUUUUGGCAAAGUUGUACCCUAUUUUGUUCUGAUUCUUUCUGCUUACUUAUAUCUGCCUUACUACCACCUUCCUCGACAAAAUUCCAGUUCUGAAUUUUGACCGAAUGGUCUUUCUGUCCAGGUAUUCUAGUCCAGUAUACUUGACAUUGAAGAGCACAGGAUUUAGUUCAUCUGUAUAACUACAUAUGUGCAGGCUUUUUCUUUAAAACAGCGUAUUUAGUUGACUCUUUUGUUAAAAUAAUUGAAUAAUAGUUUUCUACCUCGUCAUUUGAGAUUAGUGAUAGUUUGAUGCUGUCCUGUUUUGCUGUAAAGGGGUUUGGGAUGUGUUACCCAGACGCUUGUAUGUUCAAAAUUGCCUUAAACCCAGGAACAUGAAUUUCUUUUAAUUUUGUAAAGAGAGGAUGGUUAGGUGGAAAAGUACGGAGAAAAAUAUUUAAAAUGUUUGAAAACCAAGCAAAGCAGUAAUUUGUUUCUGUGUAGAAAUACAAAAGAACAUUUUGACUUCUGACAAACUACAAUUUCAAACAGCUGGUGAGAAGCUUGAAUUAUCUGGAUAGCUUAUUUCAUUGAGUUGCCUUCAUUUCAACCUCUCAUAGAUCUUAGUGCUACAUCUUCCAACACUAAAUCAUUUGGAUAGUUCAUAUAUUCUGGUCCAAAUUGGCACUUUAUUUUUUUCCCAAUACUGAAUUACUACCAACAUCUGACUGUAAAACAGCCCUGAUAUUUUAACCAGUGCAAAUAGGGAUAAUUCACACUCCGGUAAUCAAAUGAUUUUUCCUCGCUCACGAAAAGGUAAUAUGAAAUUGAGUCAAGGUGGAGGGGAAAUGUUUAUUGAUCGUGAGAAGAUUGGAAAUGCACCAAAAUUUGCAUACAUAUGAUUGAUACAAAUAAUACUAUAUUUAUCCAGGCAUUGUUCACAAUGAGGUAUGUUGGCAAAGUGUUUUCGUCUAGCUGAAAAGUUCUGACAAUUGAGUUCGUGCAUCUUAUGAUUAUAAGGUGCCGAAACAGUAAGUGUUAAGCAUGCUGCAUGCAAGAUGUAAUAUAAUGGAGCAAGUUCACAAAAUGUGGUAUCUGACAGUGAACCUGUGGGACUUUGUUGUGUGAAUUGAUAUUUCCAUGGUGCAAGGUUAAAUAUUGGUCCACACCAGUUGUUCUGCAUUUGAACCAUAUUGACUUCCUUUGUAAGAAUGUGCUAGAGAAGAACAGCCCCAUGGAUUGGUCCUGAUAGCAACAAUGGGUUGCUUGGACUCCAGCCCUGGUGAUAAUUCUGACUUUUUAAGGCAGUAAUUUUCACUGCUGUGAACUAAUUGCGUAAAAACAGUUGUGUUGAGUAGAUCAAGGAUGGUAUGUACAGCCAUAUAUAGUUUCCAGAUUUGAAGUAUUCACUGCACAAUAGGAACCCUUGUCUGUUUCAAAAUAAUAUUUCAAUGUGAUGUUUUUAAGAAACAAUUCACUUUUGUUAAGCUCCUUUGUCAAGGAUUCUGAUUUUCCAGAAGCGUUUAAAAUGUUUGUAAGAUAAAACAUUGCACAAAUUUAUUUUUUGUAACUAAAUAUUUGUUCAGAGUCUCCAAAAUAUUUGUCAUGAUGUGCACCCAAUAUGGAUUGCUCAGAUUUAAAGUUUUCAAUUUCUGAAUGUAAUUGAAGCUAAUUGAAUUAUAAAGGAAUUUUGUUGAGUAGAUAUGACAAAUGAUUACCACAGUGUACAGCUUUAGAGUUACAGCUAGACCAUUCCAGAGUGAAAUCAGAAAGCACUUUUUCAUGUUAAGGAUAAUGAGGCCUAGAAUUCUCUCCCCAAAAAUAUGUGGAUGCUGGGUUAAUUGAUUUUGAUCUUAAGGACGGAGAUCAAACAGUUAAAGGACCAAGUGGUAUGGAGCUACUGCAAAUUGAGGUCAAAUCAGCCAUAGUAAUCUUAAAAUGACAAAUUUGCUCUGAGGACCCAAUUGGCCUUCUGCUGUUGUUAUGUUUCAAAUGCGAUAUGUACCAGUUCAGCAAUGGCGAAUGGAGGAAGCAGUCUUCUAUAAUAGAAGAAUCUUGACCCUGAAACAGUGAUUUAACUUGUUUGUUGCAUUUUUUACUGGAGCACUGCAUUGAAAAAUGUUUCGAGAAGUAUUUGCCUUAAGAACUGGAAAAUAUUUCUGAUUGAUGUUUUGCUAUGUCAGUGGCAUAUGUAGUAAAUUGUGAGAUUGGGAUAUUGCCAAAAAUACUCUGAAAUUUCCCUUUUGCAGAUUCCAUUUGCUUUCAUAAGGUCACUUGUGAAUGCUUUGAAACUGACGAUGUGUAAUCAGAGUGCAUAACUAAUUUAUCCCAAAUAUGUUGAGGAAAAUCCUGAGAGCUUUUUACAAAGUAUUCUGUAGUUCAGAAGUUUCUGAAGAUUUCACUAUGAUCGAAGUUUGCUACUCCAGCUAUAAAAUGGAAUGUGUAUUAUUUACAUUGGCCAGAUUUUGCUGAUUUUAAUAUCAUAACCUGCUACCUUGGCCCCAUUGUAAAAGUGGAAAUAAUCUGCUGUAACCUUUACCUUGUGUAGUGAUUGCAAAAUGGAUACUUAAAUUAUUCUCACAAAUAUAAACCUAGUAUAGAGUUUCAUUAUUGCUUCAUAAGUAAUGCAGGUCUAAGUGCACACGAUAUUUAAAUAAAGUGAAAUAAGUGGCAUGAAUAGUUUUGUUUAAUUCCUUGAUUCUUUUUAUAUGCUUUGAGCUAUAAAUAACAUGACUAAAUUUUAUCAGAAUUAUGAGAAUAGUUUUAGUUCAUUGUUAUCAUUUUCUCAAGUUUAUUACCCAUUAUUUUUGAUAUUCACAAAAAGUGCUGUGUUAUUCAAGCAGAACUAUUUUACUUGUUGCAUGCAUUUAGUGAUGGGCAGAUUGUUUUAAACCCAUCCAUUCUAAUCAAUACAAAAAAAUUGAUAAUUUGCACAGCUCAUUUCAAUGGAAGCAUGUUCUGUGAAAUUUCCAUUUAAGAAUAUUGCUAACAGAGUUAGAAGACAAUUUUGGAAAAUUAAGUGA